UCCGUUGGAUCAGUGAAGUUAGAUCAGCCGAUCAGACGGCAUCCUCCCGCGUCCGUGACCUUCGUCCGAUAAAUCAGCGAGCGAAGAGCGCAAUCAGAGCCAGUGUCCGUUCGCCAUCGUGACCGCGCGAGCCACCAAUUUCAGCUCCGGGAUUUCCCCGUGAGGAAGCUUACCGCACCCGGGCUUCCGUGCUGCAUCACAUUCUCGAGCAACUUCGGUAUCACAGAGUGAAAAGUAGUGUGAUAAUAUUUUGAAUGUGCUAUCGCCAAUUCGUGCCGUAAUAAACUAAUAAAAACUGUGAGUGAAUCGGUAGUGUCGGCCGGUGGCAUUUGAGAUGAGCAGACGUGGAUACCUUCCUGUGAUCUCCAGCAUGUGCGGUUCUCGGCUCAUUAUCAGCAUGAGCUUGUGAUGUUUUCGCGGUCACGACCACCGGCUCUCCCCACCACUGCGUGACGCAGCGCCUCUUAAUCGGCAUCUUUACUCUGCAGCAUCUUCUGCCUCAUCUGCUCAGCCCACCGAUUUUUGGAUUUCCGGCUAGUUCCCGUAGUAUGACACAGAUUCUGCCUUGAGAUGAAUUCCAUCACUAUUAAGAUCACUAAUCGGAUCUCUUGCCAGCUGCAUCAGAUUUUCUUUCUGGUACUGCUGUGUCUCCUUGAAGCUCCGGCAGGUUACGCCACCAUCAGAAACAGUGCGCAACCGAGGGUCGAUGCAAGAGCAGAGACCAAUCUUGAUUCGUGUCGCAACCCUCGCAACGAAGUAGGCACGUGCAUUAACAUCCUCCAAUGCUCCUCAAUGGUGGAGCUCCUAAAGAGCUCCCGUGAGAAUCCAACAGCGGUCGACUUCCUACGCAAAGCGAGCUGCGGCUACGAAGGCCGAUAUCCCAAAGUUUGCUGCACGGACGCGCUGAGCAUCAGCACCUCGCAGCCGAAUAUCUCACCAUUCCCUGACUUUACUUCCACAACUACUUGGAGCAGAAGGCCAGAGACGACUACUACUUCGUGGAACAGGAGGCCAGAGACAACAUCCUCCUCGUGGGAUAGAAGGCCAGAGACGACAACCUCUUCAUGGAACAGGAGGCCAGAGACAACGUCUUCCUCAUGGAACAGGAGGCCAGAGACGACCACAUCCUCAUGGAGCAGGAGGCCAGAGACGACGUCCUCCUCGUGGGACAGGAGGCCAGAGACGACCACCUCCUCGUGGAAUAGGAGGCCAGAAACGACGUCUUCUUCGUGGAACAGGAGGCCAGAGACAACGACCACAGGGAGCAACAGAGGAGACUCGUGGUCCAGCACGUCGUUCCCGAAUAAGAAACCAGAGAGGUUGACAGACCUGUCGGGUUUGUCGGGGCAGGAGCGGUGUGGAACAAGCAAGACCGGUCAAGCGAACAGAAUAGUGGGCGGCCAGCCUGCCGAGCUUGGCGCCUGGCCCUGGAUAACGGCUUUGGGCUACAGAAAGUGGACCUCCCAAUCGCUCAAGCCCAACUGGCUUUGUGGGGGAGCGCUCAUCUCCACACGACACGUCAUCACCGCCGCGCACUGUAUCAGUGCCCGCUCAGAUCUCAAUCUAUACAUCGUGAGAUUGGGAGAGUUAGAUCUCGAUUCAAACGUAAAAGAUGGCGCUUCCCCGGUGGACAUCGAAAUUGCAGAGAAAAUCGCACACCCUCUCUUCAACACGUCAACGUUUGUCAAUGAUAUUGGGGUUUUACGCCUCAAAAAAGAUGUCGUAUUUAAUGAUUUGAUCCAACCAAUUUGCUUGCCUUUUGCACCUGAAAUCAAAAGCAACAAGUGGGUCAACUAUGAGCCUUUCGUGGCUGGAUGGGGAACAGUAGCCAGUAACGGACCACCUAGCACGGCCCUUCGGCAAGUUCAAGUACCUGUCGUGGAUAACGAGGAGUGUAAAUACGACUACAGGAAUAUCCAAACAGCCGUCAUUGAUGAUCGAGUCCUUUGCGCAGGUCUUGCGCAAGGUGGAAAAGAUUCGUGCCAGGGUGACAGCGGUGGUCCACUGAUGAUUCCCCAAGGACUGACGUUCUAUUUGAUCGGAGUCGUUUCGUACGGCAAGAAAUGCGCAGAGCCUGGAUUCCCCGGAGUUUAUACUCGCGUUUCCAACUACCUUGACUGGAUUGCCCAGACAACCAAAUAUUACGUUGUUCGAUUGGGCGAGUUAAAUUUAGACCCCACAGUGGAAGAUGGAGCAUCGCCGGUAAACUUUUCAAUCGAGAGAAUAAUCGUACAUCCAGGCUUUACCUCCAGUACAUUGGUCAAUGAUAUCGCUGUUUUACGACUGGCACAAGAUGUUACACUCAGUGGUUUGAUCAAACCAGGAAAUUUGCCUUCCAAGCCAGAAUUCGAAGACAACAAGUGGGAUGGAUAUGAUGCCGUUGUGAUUGGAUGGGGCUCUUAUGACUCUCAAGUCCUCAGCCAAAGUAAUGCUCUUCAACAAGUCCAAAUCCCCAUAUGGAGUAUCGAGGAUUGUAGAGCCAUCUACGCUCCACUGGGACCCGCCAUUGAUGAUCGAGUCGUGUGCGCAGGCUCCAAAGAAGGAAAAGGGGCAUGCAAGGGGGACAGUGGUGGCCCACUAAUGAUUCGUUAUGGAGCGAAUUCCGACUACUUCGUGAUUGGAGUUGCCUCCCAAGGCUAUGCAUCCUGCACCCACUCUGGAUACCCCAUUUUGGUUUCAUGUGGCAAAGAAAAAUUCGAUUUCCUGUCGAUUUUUUCAUUUUCCGAGGUGGUAUGUGAUACCAAAGUUCUUCAAAGGAAUGUUGAGGGAGCGUUCAUAAAUUACGUAAUGCACUUAUGCGGCAUUUUUGACCCCCUCCCCUCAGUGGAAACAGCCGAAUCGAUUCCGCCCAAUUCCUUGCAGCAGCAGGGAUGUGGAAAGAGCAUGGUCGGGCAACGACACGAAAAUAUAGUGGGUGGUGAACCUGCCGAACUCGGUGCCUGGCCCUGGAUCGCCACUCUGGGUUUCAAGCUCGGUUCCGAUGAUUUCUUCUAUGACUGUGGCGCAUCACUCAUCUCUGCGCGGCACGUUAUCACCGCAAAGCACUGUGUUUCCGAAUUACUUUCCUUCGUUCGAUUGGGAGAUCUGAAUCUCAGUCCAGAUGUCAAAGAUGGAGCUUCACCGGUAGACUACAUAAUUGAGGAAGAAAUCAUGCACCCAAAGAGUGAUAUUGCUAUUUUGCGCCUUCAAAAAGAUGUUACAUUCACCAAUUUGAUCCAACCAAUUUGUUUACCUUCUGCGCCGGAGAUCAAAGAUAACACGUGGGCUGGUUAUGAACCUUUCGUGGCUGGAUGGGGAAUGACGGAACCAUGGAAAGUCGCCGAACAUAAAGGCAAAAAUAAGAUGCUUCGACAAGUAAGAGUCCCCGUUUGGGAUGACCAGAGAUGUAAAUCCGUCUACGACGAAACCCGAGGAUACAUCGUUGAUGAAACGAUGAUGUGCGCAGGUCUCGCGGAUGGAGGAAAAGAUUCUUGCCAGGGUGACAGCGGUGGUCCAUUGAUGGUUUCUCUGGGGAAGAAUUCCUCGUACUACUUGAUUGGAAUUGUUUCUUGGGGUCUAGGGUGCGCAAGGCCGAAUGUACCCGGGGUUUAUGUGCGAGUCUCGAAAUUUCUUGAUUGGAUUGAGAAAGUAACGAAAUAUACCAAAAGUCACAAAACUGAUGCUCCUCUGCUGGCAUUCAACAGGACUCUAAUCCGCAUGGGAGUCGAAAAUCGGGUACCCUCUAUGUUGUAUCAAAUUUUACUCCCUGCAUUGCUGAUGCUUUAUGAGGUCCCGGAGGGCUGCGCCACUAUACAUUUUUGGGGCAGUGGUGGUUCUACGGAAUUUGAGAAAACAACCGCCUCGAUUCCUUCAGAGUCUCCGCGGCCGCCGGAGCAGCAGGGAUGUGGAAAGAGCCUGGUCCAGCAACGAAGGAUGAUUGUGGGUGGUGAAUCCGCCGAACUCGGCGCCUGGCCCUGGCUCGCCGCCCUGGGUGUCAACGUCCCGAAUGUUACUUUCGAUCUCUCAUGCGGAGGAUCACUCAUCUCAUCGCGGCACGUCAUCACCGCCAGGCAUUGUCUUCAUAAAAGAUACAUCUCCGUUCGAUUGGGAGAUUUAAAUCUUGAUCCAAAUGCAGAAGAUGGAGCUUCACCAGUAGACUACAUAAUCGAGGAAUCAAUCGUCCACCCAGAGAAUGAUAUUGCUAUUUUGCGCCUUCAACAAGACGUAACAUUCACUAAUUUAAUCCAACCGAUUUGCUUACCUUUCCCGCAUGAGAUGAAAGACAAUACCUGGGUCGGUUACGAGCCCAUUGUGGCUGGAUGGGGAGUAACGGAUAGGAGUAGAAGCAGUGAUUUUGGCCGAGAUCAGAUGCUCCGACACGUUAAAGUCCCCGUUUGGGAUAACGAGAAGUGUAAAGCUGUAUACAGCGGGAUAUCAUCAAAAUUCCUCAUUAAUGAGACAGUGUUGUGCGCAGGUUAUGAAAAAGGAGGAAAAGAUUCGUGUCAGGGUGAUAGCGGUGGUCCCUUGAUGAUUCCUUAUGGGAAAAAUUCAUCGUAUUACUUGAUUGGAGUUGUUUCAUUUGGUAGAGGGUGCGCACGGCCGAAUGUUCCCGGGGCUUACAUGCGAGUUUCGAAAUUCCUUGAUUGGAUAGAAAAAGUAACAAAAUACACCGGAAACGUUUACCAUCCAUACCGCAGUGCCCGAGAGCAAAUAAUCGGGUAUCCACUAUCCACUAUGUUGAAUCAACUUCUACUCCUUGCAUUGCUGAUGGUUUAUGAGGUUCCAGAGGGUUGCGUCGCCAGCGAAAGCAGUGAACUGACAGAGAUCGAAACAAGCGUGGAAACAGCCGAAUCGAUUCCGCCCAAUUCCUUGCAGCAGCAGGGAUGUGGAAAGAGCAUGGUCGGGCAACGUCACGAAAAUAUAGUGGGUGGUGAACCUGCCGAACUCGGUGCCUGGCCCUGGAUCGCCACUCUGGGUUUCAAACUCGGUUCCGAUGAUUUCUUUUAUGACUGUGGGGCAUCACUCAUCUCUGCGCGGCACGUUAUCACCGCAAAGCACUGUGUCUCCGAAUUACUUUCCUUCGUUCGACUGGGAGAUUUGAAUCUUAGUCCAGAUGUCAAAGAUGGAGCUUCACCGGUAGACUACAUAGUUGAGGAAGAAAUCAUGCAUCCGAAGAGUGAUAUUGCUAUUUUGCGCCUUCAAAAAGAUGUUACAUUCACCAAUUUGAUCCAACCAAUUUGUUUACCUUCUGCACCGGAGAUCAAAGACAACACGUGGGCUGGUUAUGAACCUUUCGUGGCUGGAUGGGGAAUGACGGAACCAUGGAAAGUCGCCGACCAUAAAGGCAAAAAUAAGAUGCUUCGACAAGUAAGAGUCCCCGUUUGGGAUGACCAGAGAUGUAAAUCUGUAUACGACGAAACCCGAGGAUACAUCGUUGAUGAAACGAUGAUGUGCGCAGGUCUCGCGGAUGGAGGAAAAGAUUCUUGCCAGGGUGACAGCGGUGGUCCACUGAUGGUUUCUCUGGGGAAGAAUUCCUCGUACUACUUGAUUGGAAUUGUUUCUUGGGGUCUAGGGUGCGCAAGGCCGAAUGUACCCGGGGUUUAUGUGCGAGUCUCGAAAUUUCUUGAUUGGAUUGAGAAAGUAACGAAAAGUCACAAAACUGAUGCUCCUCUGCUGGUAUUCAACAGGACUCUAAUCCGUAUGGGAGUCAAAAAUCGGGUACCGUCUAUGUUGUAUCGAAUUUUACUCCCUGCAUUGCUGAUGGUUUAUGAGGUCCCGGAGGGCUGCGCCACUAUACAUUUUUGGGGCAGUGGUGGUUCUACGGAAUUUGAGAAAACAACCGCCUCGAUUCAGCCAGAGUCUCCGCGGCCGCCGGAGCAGCAGGGAUGCGGAAAGAGCAUGGUCCAACAACGAAGGAUGAUUGUGGGUGGUGAAUCUGCCGAACUCGGCGCCUGGCCCUGGCUCGCCGCUCUGGGUGUCAGCGUCCCGAAUGUCACUUUCGAUCUCUCAUGCGGAGGAUCACUCAUCUCAUCGCGACACGUCAUUACCGCCAGGCAUUGUCUUCAUAAAAGAUACAUCUCCGUUCGAUUGGGAGAUUUAAAUCUUGAUCCAAAUGCAGAAGAUGGAGCUUCACCAGUAGACUACAUAAUUGAGGAAUCAAUCGUCCACCCAGAGAAUGAUAUUGCUAUUUUGCGCCUUCAACAAGACGUAACAUUCACUAAUUUAAUCCAACCGAUUUGCUUACCUUCCGCGCAUGAGAUGAAAGACAAUACCUGGGUCGGUUACGAGCCCAUUGUGGCUGGAUGGGGAGUAACGGAUAGGAGUAGAAGCAGUGAUUUUGGCCGAGAUCAGAUGCUCCGACACGUUAAAGUCCCCGUUUGGGAUAACGAGAAGUGCAAAGCUGUAUACAGCGGGAUAUCAUCAAAAUUCCUCAUUAAUGAGACUGUGCUGUGCGCAGGUUAUGAGAAUGGAGGAAAAGAUUCGUGUCAGGGUGAUAGCGGUGGUCCCUUGAUGAUUCCUUAUGGGAAAAAUUCAUCGUAUUACUUGAUUGGAGUUGUUUCAUUUGGUAGAGGGUGCGCACGGCCGAAUGUUCCUGGGGCUUACAUGCGAGUUUCGAAAUUCCUUGAUUGGAUAGAAAAAGUAACAAAAUAGUUCCUUUUCCACAAAACUGGCAUAUUAUUAACCUAUGAUCCAUGUAUAACAGCUCAUUGAAUAAUACUCGUAAGUGUAUUAGUCAUAAUCAUGAACCGCACUAUAUUACUUAUAGCUUAUUUAAAGACCACGAAAGUGGUAUUGUUUGAUGUUUGAGGUGCAUUCUUACGAUUAAAGAUCACAUGUGUGUAAUUUGCAAAAAUGCAA